CGUUUCCAACAGGGUUUUUGCAGUUUACACCAACACGAUACGCUCCUCUGUUAUUUGAAUCACUCCCCACCAUAAUUACCACUCCCAACCACCCAAUAUAACCUUUCCCCCGCAUUCACUCAUUCAUUCCUCUCUUCUCUUCAUUCUUCGAUUUCACUGUUGUUUGAGUUCUUCCGCAAGCAUCCACGGAGAGAAAAUGGCCAAUGCAGCAUCAGGAAUGGCUGUGAAUGAUGAAUGCAAGUUAAAGUUUCUAGAGCUCAAGUCGAAAAGAACUCAUCGUUUCAUUAUCUUUAAGAUCGAGGAGAAGCUAAAGCAAGUAGUUGUGGAGAAACUCGGUGGGCCUAGCCAAAGUUACGAGGAUUUUGCUGCUAGUCUCCCUACCGAUGAGUGUCGUUAUGCUGUCUAUGAUUUCGACUUCGUCACCGAAGAAAAUUGCCAAAAAAGCAGAAUCUUCUUCAUUGCAUGGUCUCCUGAUAAUUCAAGAGUCCGAAGCAAGAUGAUCUAUGCAAGCUCCAAGGACAGAUUUAAGAGAGAGCUUGAUGGAAUACAAGUAGAGCUGCAAGCAACCGAUCCGACCGAGAUGGGUCUCGAUGUAAUUCGUAGCCGUGCUGGAAUAUAAGCCUUCAAAAACGAAUCGAAAUGUGUAAAGAUUUCACUGGAAAUCUUCUGUUCUUGAACAAGUAUGAAUCUGUGUGUCAUCUGGUAUGUCUUUUAACUUGUUAUGCAAAACCUUCUGUCUUGAGUGACCAUUUAGAGUCUGAUACCUAUGAAGCUAAUAGCUUGUGAGGGGUUAGCUGAGACCUUAUGCUAAUUUCAUCUUUGUUUUUUUUUUUCAGUUUUAGUUUGGAUUGCUGGCUUUACAUUCUUUCUUUUGCCCAACAUUAUCCUCUCUACUUUUGGGUUUA